UUGACAUGACUAUGACGCCCUUUUAAUUACCUGUAUUCUAUACCCAUACCCAUCCCAUUUUAUUUGCCGUUUUUUGGGAUAAAAUACUCGUUUAGCCUAUGUUCAGCGCAUAUGAUAGGGCUUCCCGUAGGUGAAAGAAUUUUUAAAAUCGGUCCAGUAGUUUCGGAGCCUAUUCACUGCAAACAAACAAACAAUUAAAUCUUUCCUCUUUAUAAUAUUAGUAUAGAUUUGGGUGUAUCUAAAUCUCAUAAAAUAUAGUACGUAAAUUAAUAUUAAUAUUCUGCAAUCGGUUUUAAUAUCAUUUCAGCAAGAAUGGAAUCACAACGCCGGUUGUAUUUUAAGAAGCAGAUAGUGAAAGAGUUGUCUCAACAUAAGACUAAAAUAUCUAAGAAGAUAGAAAAUGAAAACAGUUUAAAUAAUGAAACUGAAGGCAAUCGUAUUGUUACACUAUUAGGAAGUCAAUCCUAUUAUGAUCAAAUCCAUGGUUUUCCAUUAGCGAAUACAGUUAACACUAUGGAAAAAGAGUCGCAGGAUGAUCAUGGUAGUACCACCAAAGCUCUAUUAGAAGAUAUUACUGUCAAAGAUCUAACCAAACAAAAUAGUUAUACAGGAAAUAUACAAGUAGAAGAUAAUAUACGAGUUGAUAUUGAAUUUGAGUCGACUGAGAAUACUGAAGGUGUGUCGAAUAAAGAAAAUUCAAGCUAUCUAUUUUUAGAAAAAGAAAACUCUGAUGACGAACAAAUAUCUACCAAUGAACAAAAUCACAAAGAAAAAUCAAUCUCUAUCAGCAGCAAUACGGAAAAAGAGUCACAGAAUGAUCAUGUCAGUACCGCAAACGCUCUAAUAGAAGAUAUUACUAAUAAAGAUCUAAACAAAGAAAAUAGCUAUCCAGAAAAUAAUAUUCAAAUGGAUGUUGACUUUGAGUUGACAUACAAUACUGAAAGACAAUGCAAUAAAGAAAACUCGAGCUACGAAAUUACACAAAAAGAAAACGAUAAUGACGAACUAACUUCUAAAAAUGAACAAAGUGACAAAGAAAAAGAACCUGAACUUAUUUCUUCCUUAACGGAAGUUAUUGCUGAGAGUGACAUGGAAUUGCUGAGGAAGUCUCUUGAAGUAGAUGAAGAUGACGUAGAAUCAGAGAAAAUGAAUAAUUCAAACGAAGUUCAAGUCAAAUCCAAAAAAAAGUACAAGAGAAGCAAACCAAAUAAAAGUUAUGUUGAUUUUCUAUCCGAAGAAGAGGAUUUUGCGUGGGAUUCCUCUUCUUGGGUGGAAAGUGGGGAUGAAUCUUCAUCGGAAGAAAACAAUAAACCUCAAAAAAGGAAAAGAAAAGUAAGAUCAGAAGAUGGUAAAGUGGGUGAAGUAGGAUUGAAAAAAAAGAGAAAGAAUAAACGCAAAGAAGCAAAAACCUUAAGAGAAAAAGGAAAAGAGUAUAUGAAAAAAGACGGAGGUAUUGUAAAUGCAAGAUUACUUAAACCCAAUCCAUGCAUUGGAAAAUCCUGUGGUAACAACUGCAGCAAUGUUUCGGAAGAAAAAAGAAUAAAUAUAUUUGAUUAUUUUUGGGGACUAUCAUCCCAAAGAAAAAAAGAUUGGCUAAUAGGCAUGACUGCUAAAAGUGACAUAAAACGUAAGAGGUCAAAGGAUUCUGCUGUGAGGCACAAUACGUAUUAUUACUAUAUUAACGAUGGUGAAGGCCGACGUAAGGUUUGCAAAAAAUUUCUAGUAGACACUUUGGGUGUUAGCCCAAAAUAUGUUAGUUAUACUUUAGCUAAUGCAUCGUAUGGAUUAUCAAAAGAGGAAGGCAGAGGCAAAACUAUCCCUAAAAAUAAAACACCUCCCUUGGUAAAGGAGUCGGCCAUUAAUUUUAUCAAAAGCUUACCAGCACUACCAUCCCACUACUGUCGUAAAGACAGUACCAGAUUAUAUCUUCCCACUGAACUUAAAAACAUAAAAAACCUUUAUAGGAUUUAUAAAGAGUCAAAAACAUCAGAAGACUCAUGCCCGGGGCAGAACAAAAACAAAAUAGUUUUAGCCGCCCUACAUAACGCACUACUUCAAACGAAACAUAUUGAAACGAUACAAAUAAAUUAUCUGCUACCAGGGCAUACAGAAAUGACUGUCGAUAGCAUACACGCAACUAUCGAAAAUUCUGUUAGGAAUAAUACAAUAUGGGCACCAUCACAGUGGCCAACUGUUUUUCAGUUGGCUCGUAGAGAGCCCGCCCCAUAUUACGUAAAAACUCUUACUCACAACGAUUUCAUGAAUUAUGAAGAGUUUUCUGAAAAAUAUUUCAAAGGUAAUUUAACUGGUAAGAUAAGUAAGAUUCGGGUAGCAACAUUUAAAAAAUCGUCACCCAAUGUCAUGACUGUUAAAUACAGCAUGGAUGAAAAUGCAGAGACCGAUUCUAUAGCCAUAAUUUCGAGACCAAAGGUAGUACAGAGGAAGUACAAAGUAUCUUUGCCAAUAACUACGGUGAAGUACAAAGAUCUUAAAAAGCUGUGUGAUACAGGGGUUAUUCCCAAAAUUUUUCACCCAGAAUACACUAACUUUCCACACCGCGUUGGUAAAGAUGUUUUGAUAGAUACAGAUAUUGAGGAUGAGAUAGAAUGA